AUGACCUCAUGCAGUAGAUAUUUAUCGUUAAGGGUAUCGAGCCAUGGCAGCGAGUCUAAUGCUACACAAUGUUCGCCAGUAAUAUUCGAGCCAACAGAUACUCGUCUUAAGCGAAAACGCUCAAGUAGCGAAGACGAUGUUCCGCCCAAAAGAGACACCUUGAGUCCACCACCUUCCACUGCUUCUGUAACUAAUGUUCCCUUACCCCCAAUUUCCCUUUCUGCUCCCUCGGCCACUCCUUCCCUAAGAACGUCGCUCCCUGAGCGCGCUCACGCCUAUCAUGCUAGUCUCCCCAGUCUCACAGAUGGACAGCGGGAUUGGAGGAAACAGAGGAAGAAAUGGUUCAAAUGUCGUUGUGUAUGGGUAUAUCAUACCGUUCCUGAUUGUAGGAACGGGCAGCCCGAAUCCGCAAUGUAUCGAGGUAUCCUGCUGCAGGACGGGGCCAUCCUUGCGCCUGAUGCGCCGGAACAUUAUCCUGAGCCACCACAAUUGCCUUAUAACGAUGGAGAGAGACAUUAG